AUGGAUCGCCGCAUCCAACUUGAAAACCACACGACUUGGGGAGGAAUUGUCUUGUAUGGUGCGAUCAUCCUCUACGGAUUCUACUGGGUACUGGGUCGCUUCGAUAUCGCCAUCUUGCCGCCUCAGGAAUUGCUCUUCAACACAGUGGUAUACUGCAUACCGACACCUAUCUUGCUGGGCUCGGCGCGCAGACAGGAGCUCAAAGAGAAUGGCAUGCUUUCACAAAGACAUGCAGCAAAAAGUGAGGCAUUUCGCAGGUUGCUGGGGUUGGGAGGAAAUGCUCUAUUGCAGGGAGGAGAAUCUGUAGGCAUAGGAAAGGUGAUCCGACGAGCGAGCAUGGGAACGAAGACGACCGUGAUGCCAAUAUCUGACGCGCCUGCCGGACUUGGGAACUGGGACAACUCGUGCUAUCAGAAUAGUGUGCUGCAAGCUCUGGCGUCUUUGGAAUCACUGAGAACAUGGCUGAGCAUGUCGGAGCCGCCGCAAGAGGGAAAUGCUUUUACUACAAAUGCUGCACUGCAGGAGAUGGUUCGAAAGCUCAAGGAUCCUGGAAAUAAUGGAAGUCAUAUUUGGACGACGGCGAAGUUGAAGAGCAUGAGCAGUUGGCAGCAACAGGAUGCUCAGGAGUAUUUCUCCAAAGUCAUGGACGAGCUGGACAAAGAAGCCGCGAAAGCUGCAAAUCUGGCGAAGAAGAAGGCAGGACUUGAGACUUUGGUGAAAAAUGUGGAGGAUGAACAGCCGGUAUGCGAUGGGGAUGGUGUGAAGCCCAGUACCUCGAGAAACCCACUGGAAGGAUUGACGGCCCAGCGCAUAUCAUGUACACAAUGUGGCUUCUCCGAGGGUUAUUCCAUGAACCCGUUCAAUUGUCUGACAGUCCCUUUGGGAAACAUGUCUGCCUAUGACAUUGAGGAUUGCCUGCACGAAUACACCAAACGCGAGGAUAUCGAGGGCGUGGAAUGUCGGAGCUGUACCCUCAUCCAAACCAAGAACAAGCUGUCGCAAAUGCUUCCAUCGCAAGCGGAAGGCUCAACUACAUCUCCAACCAUCUCUCUCCCGCCAGAGCUGCGCCUUCAAAUUGAGGAGAGGCUGCAAAUUGUGCAGCAAGCUCUGGACAAUGACGACUUCUCCGACAAGAUGGUCAAGCAGGAUUGUCAGAUCUCAUCAAAGGCAAUGGUCAGCACUACCAAAACCCGCGAAGCAGUCAUCGGACGUGCACCGCAGUCACUCGUCGUCCACGUAAACAGAAGUGUGUUCGAUGAGAUGACAGGCGUGCAGCGGAAGAAUUACGCAAUCGUUCGAUAUCCUUUCAUCUUGGAUCUUCGACCGUGGAUGCUGGAUAUCGGGGACACUCCAACGCAGUAUAGCCUGAAAGCUGUGGUGACGCAUUAUGGACGACACGAGAAUGGGCAUUACAUUUGCUACAAGAGGCACCCACGACGUGAGGCGGAUAAUGAGGAUGACGACACCCAGAAGGAGAGAUGGUGGAGACUGAGUGAUGAAGACGUCUCGCCUGUGUCAGAUCAGGAUGUUCUUGAUCAAGCCGGUGUCUUUAUGCUGUUUUACGAGAAGCUCGACGAGCAAAUCAGUCCCAUUGCGACUGAAGAAUGGACCGAUGCCGUGCCCGUCGCUCAACCGGAGGAAGAAGCUGUUGAGAUGGAAGCCACCAAUACGGUGACGGCGGAGGUCUCAACUGAACUUCCGCGAGCUGAAGAGGAAGCCGUCGAGGAGACUGUGACAUCAGUAUCGAGUGUUGAGGAGGCGCGGUCGAAAGCUCCACGGCCCCAACCGUUGCUCAAGACGGCUUCUCCAAAGUUUGUGAGACCCGAUAUGGGCAUGAAUCGGCCUUUGAUGAGCGUUUGA